AGCGGAGAAGUUUUCAGUCGCGAUCAGUUCACAUUCGAUCGCAAAGCAAUACAAAAGGAUCUACAAGUUUUUUAUUGAGUGAAGUGAAAAGUUUUAUUUUUGUGAGGAAUUUUACUUUUGUGUACAAGGAUGAAGUGUCCAUGGACACUGUUGGUGAUCCUCGUGGAGAUCGUAGCUAUAUCCCAAGCGAUCUACGAUCCAGCUGAUGGAGGUGUUAAAAAUCGCCCAAUUGUGCGUGAACCGCUCAACAGGAGACCACCCUUUGAGCGUCUUCAGGAAGCCCCGACUACUGUGCCAGCAGUAACGAUCCACGAUCAGUACAGUCAGGUGUCGAUGCAACGAUCAGGAAGAAAUUUUGGUCGUAGCGAUAGUUCACAUGUGAUGAGAAUAGCUAGGCCUGGAUCGCAACAGGUGCCUGUUUCUCAACCUGCUCAAUCAGAGGACGAUCGAAGGGAGCCUCUAGCCCAAUUCCAACUGCAGCGUCCCAUGCAGGCUGCUCCAUCUACGCUACAGUCGCGUUUCCAGGGCGACGACAAGGAGAAUGAAGUUGGAGUGAGUUAUGGAACAGAAUGCCCAGCUUAUGCAACUGGACAGUUUCCCUAUGUGAUGGAUUGUCGGCAGUUCCUAAAUUGCUGGAAGGGUCGUGGGUACAUUCAGAGCUGUCCACCGGGGACACUCUUCAAUCCUGAAACAAGUGCAUGCGAUAAUCCAUCCAAAGUAACUUGCGUUACCUUUGACACAGCACCACAUCAGCAGGAAUUCCCAUCCCGGCAGAGACCCUCAAGUAGGCUUCAGUUUCCACCACGGGAAGAUCCUUCGUCAAUCCAGGGAAGAUUCGGUGACAACCCUCAAGGUGAGCCUAAAUGCGCUCCAGGAUCGUCAGGAUUGACUGAGCAUCCCUACGAUUGCACAAAGUUCCUCAAUUGCGCCAAUGGUGUUACCUACAUUCAAGAUUGUGGACCAGGAACUGUCUUCAAUCCCAUCUUUAGCAUCUGCGACUGGCCACACAAAGUCGACUGUGGCUCAAAAUCAUCCCCGGAUAAUCAAUCUGGAAAUAGGCAGCCAGAUUACGGAGAAGGAAAGAUUGAUAUGAGAACUGAUCCUGAUGAUGAUCUCUCAGGAGCUGGAAGUUAUUCUCGAGGAACCUACAGUAGACCACAGUAUGCCAGUCAGUCUAGGAGAGGCACAACGGAGAAUCCACAGUCUGUUUUAGUUCCGUCGAUGGAACUGGAGCCACCGAAAGGGAAUCCUUAUGAUCGGACUAAAGGAUCGAGGACUUUUGGUGGAAAUAAUCCUCAAACUCAGGAGAAUCAACCAGGAUACGGACGUGGACAAGAUCCUGGUUACGGACGUGGACAAGAUCCUGGCUAUGGACGUGGACAAGAUCCUGGUUACGGACGGGGUCAAAAUCCUGAGUAUGGACGUGGUCAAAGUCCUGAGUAUGGACGUGGUCAAAAUCCUGAAUACGGACGUGGUCAAAAUCCUGAAUACGGACGUGGUCAAAACCCUACGUAUGGACGUGGUCAAAACCCUACGUAUGGACGUGGUCAAAACCCAACAUACGGCCGUGGUCAAGAUGAUGAUGAAGGACAACAGCAGGAGCCUAUAUUUGGACAAGGUCAGAACCCUGGCAAUCAACCAGGAUUCAGACCUUCACCUCAAGGCAGUUCCAGUGGAACAUUACCGGUUUACAAUCGGCAAGGAGGUGUCAGUAGUUCCUACAAUCCUCAAGCUGUUGAGAUUCCUUCGCUGGAUCUUCAACCUCCGAUGGAAUCUGAGAAACCAGGACAGCAAAGUUCACGACAGUACCCCAUCUACGUACGUCCAGGAACUCAAAAUCCUCAAUCUGGGACUCCUUCAGAUACUCUUCAACCUCCACCAUAUCCAACUCAAGAUGGCCGUCAAGAUGGCCGACAAGAUGGACGCCAAUACCCUCAAUCCAGCCAUAGUAGAGGAGGUGAUAAUGAUCAAGAUUCCAGCAGAACCUUCGUGAUCGGCCUUAUUCCUCCACCAACUCAGAAUCAGGGUCGUGAAAAUACAAAAUGGUCAGAUUCAGAGCAGAGGGUAGUCAAUCAGUGGCAGCUUCCAUGGCAAGAUACGUCAACGGAAAAAGCAGAAGAGGCCACAACUUUCUUCCCCAGCUACAAUCGGAAGUUCUACAAUCAGCAAAAUGCAGCUCCGACAUCUCAAGCCCAGCAAACUCAAAUUCCCGUCAGUGAGGCUCUUCAGGCUCUCUUGAGGCCCUACAUGCGAGGAUCCCAUAGCUCUCAAGUUGAUUUAACGAAUCUCACGGGAAUGCUCACAACAACCUUACCACCUAUGGUUGGGGAGCAGGAGGGAUUGAAUCAGGGAGGAGCGUGGGUGCCACAUCCCCAAGGGCCAACAGAGUCAGGAGAACUUCCGGAUGGGACAGUUAUGCCUCCAGGGCACAGUCUUGAGUGGCACAGGGCGCAUCCAAAUGUUCCCCUUCCUGGUCAGCACAAUCACGACCGUUUACCGGACGGAAGUUACGUGCCACCUGGUCAUAGCCUCGAAUGGCAUCGUGCACAUCCGGACGUUCCCCUUCCUGGGCAGCAACACAGUCAUGGUGGUCAUCAUGGGCGCUUCCAUGGGCAUCAUCAUAGUCACCACCAUGGCCAUCAUCACGGACAUCACCACAGCCAUCAUCGGCCGAACCAUAGACAUCGCGGCAGGGAACCUGAGAGCACAACUCCCAUCACAGAGACACUCUCAACGCCAAAUCCCUCAUUUGACGUGAGAUUUGAUCGACAACCUUCCACUCCGGGAUUUGUUCCUCUGCCACCAUCGAUGACCAGCCAGGUGGGAGCAGCUCUCUGUGUGGGACAGUUCAAUUGCUCCAACGACUUCUGUGUGCCGCAGGAUGCAAUUUGCGAUGGGAAGAAUGACUGUGGGAACUGGAAGGAUGAGUCUGAUUGUGAUCACAUUGGCUUCGAAAUGAGACUCUCCAGCGAUCAGGGAGCAGCCCACGAGGGACGUUUGGAGGUGAAAGUUUUCGGGCAAUGGGGCUACGUUUGUGAUGACAAAUUCGACAUGCGGGAUGCAGAUGUAAUCUGCCGGGAACUGGGAUUCCCCCUGGGAGCUGCAGAAGUUCGUGGGAAUUCCUACUAUCCGCCGCAUCAGAGUAUGCUUCGUGGGGAUGACAGUGCAAUCUUCCUGGUGGACGAACUAGACUGUCGUGGUAGUGAGAAGUCGCUCCGGGAAUGUGAUUUCAGCGGUUGGGGCGUCCACGAUUGCAAUGCUGAGGAAGUCGUGGGAGUUGUGUGCAAAGUUCCCGUGAUGACGUGCCCCCUGGACUACUGGCUGUGUGACACAUCGCAGGAAUGCAUCCCAAUGAGCUUCCUGUGUGACAACGUGCCGGACUGUACGGAUCAUUCGGAUGAGGAUCAGAAGCACUGUGCUGCAGCUGUGGAGGUGCGUCUUGUGGGUGGGCAGAGCAAUCAAGAGGGACGUGUGGAGAUUAAGUAUCGUGAGAUUUGGGGCACAAUUUGCGAUGAUGAUUUCAAUGCCGAAGAAGCGGCUGUUGUUUGUCGAUCUCUUGGCUUCCACGGGCCAGCACAGGUGCUGAAGAAUACCUUUGGUCCGGGCAGUGGGAUUAUCUGGCUGGAUCAGGUGGAUUGUGUGGGCAAUGAGACUUCCAUUGAAGACUGCUCCCACUGGCAUUGGGGAGAGCAUAAUUGCGCCCACACGGAAGACGUGGGGAUCCGAUGUUCACACGGACAACCAACGCAGUACAGCGGAAGGCAUCUCAAUACCCAACAGUUCUCUUCCCAGCUUGACUCGAGGAUUUCUGUGACCAUCCCUGAGGGGAGUAUCAAAGUUCAAUUCCCUCCAGCUGAAUGUGGUCAGGUUAAGGUAACGCCCAGGGAGAAUGAAUGGGGCAGGAAUGUUGGGUACAAAGUGAUCAACGGCACACAUGCUCAGCCGGGAUUCCAUCCCUGGCAGGCAGCCAUCCGUGUUCGUGGUCAGGGGAAAUCUUCCCAUUGGUGUGGAGCAGUUCUCAUCUCUGAGCAGCAUCUCCUAACAGCUGCCCACUGUCUUGUGGGCUUCCCCAAGGGUGCCUACUUCAUUCGCCUCGGUGAUCAUCACGCAGAAGUGGUGGAACCCACAGAGGUGGAGGCAUUCAUUGAGAAUCUCUAUAUCCACGAGGACUUCCGCAGUGGGCAUCACAUGAACAACGACAUUGCCAUCAUUGUACUGAAGAAGCCCGUUCCCUACACAGACUACAUUCAGCCCAUUUGUCUGCCCACACGGAACACCUACUACUUCCCAGGGAUGACGUGCACCAUCUCCGGCUGGGGAUCAAUCCAGUCCGGCAAGUCAAAUGUUUCAGCUGCUUCCCUGGAGCUCAGAGCAGGCACAGUGCCGAUUCUCUCAGACGACACCUGCCGGGAGCCCCAUGUCUACGGGAAUGUCAUCACGGGUGGGAUGUUCUGUGCUGGGAGUCUCGAUGAAGGAGUUGAUUCAUGUAUGGGUGAUUCUGGUGGUGGACUUGUGUGCCAAAGUGAAGGAAUCCACAAGUUGUACGGAAUCAUCUCGUGGGGUCAGCACUGUGGCUAUGCCAAUAAACCCGGUGUGUACGUGAAGGUGGCGGAGUAUAUCGAUUGGAUUUGGGACAAACUCAACGGUACUGCUACUCCGGUUGCUCUCUGAGAGAAUCCCCCCAUUUCGGUGGAUUCCUUUCUUCGUAUUAAGUUUUUAUUUUUUUUAAUGCCACUUUAGACGCUCCUUAGAACUAUAUGGACUAGCAUUUAAAAACAGGGAAGCUUUGUGAAUUAAAUUAAAUUGAAAAAAAAAA